AUGGCAACAGCUAUUCGGUCUGCGGUUGGAAAGUUGGGGAGUAAAUAUUCUUCACGUUGUCAUAGCAAUGGAAGAAUAGUAGCAAACAUGGUUAGGGUUGGGGAUUUUCAAAUUAGGAGCGCAGUAGUCAACAACUACAAUAUUGAUCGUGAUGUCUUGUUUUCAACUUCAAAGCCUCCUUCUUCUUAUGGUUAUUCCUCUCGCCAUCCUUUGCUUUUUGGCAACCAUCACAAGAAACCUCCGCCUGUUCUUCAUCUGAAAUAUGAUUCCGAUUUUGACGAGCUAUGUGAUGGUGGAUUUAGUCCAUGUCCUUGUUUUAUUGAUGAUCCUGAUACUAUAUCUCCUACCCGUUUCGCCGUGGAAGAGUAUAACAAGCAAAAGAAUGCCCAACUGCAAUUUGUCAGAGUUUUGAAGGCAUGGCACGAGAUGCGUGGUGCUUAUAUGUUGUAUUAUCUAACAUUGGAGGCAGUUGAUGAGGGCGUGGUUAAAGUUUACCAAGCAUUGGUUGAUGUACUUUGCUACGAAACGAUGGAGCUACAAUUGUUUGGUCUUCUUAAUGUUGAUAACGGGAGUUUGUUAAAAUUAUUUUUUAAGAGACCCACAACACCUGAUGAUGUACUAUAUGAUUGUACAGACCAAAAAUGCAUGAAGAAUGUUCCAAGAAAGACAAGCAGCAGAAAUUGUAUUGAGGAAGAGAUACUAAGCACCUUACUACAGAAAUUGUAUUGA